GGUGCGCUAUCUCCUUCAGGCACAGGCAGCCUACCAGGCCCGAUUAGGACAAAUCGGAGGCAGUAACUGUGAUUCAGUGAGAAUCCAGUUGGAAGCAAGAAUUAGAGAUCUCGAAAGUGAAUUGGACAGGGUAAAAAAAACCCAACAAGAGAGUGCUUCUCGUAAAGAAGCAACGCGGGGAGAGAUGGAAAUCUACAAAGACCUGUAUCUGGAGGAAGUAAAAACCAGAAGAUGCCUAACCAAGAAACUGGAAAGAUUGGAAAAGCUUCUGAGGGUAGAUGGGAGGAAACUCAGAGCUAAUGAAGAGAAAGAAACCCAGUCCCAGCUGGAAGAAGUGAGGAACAGAUAUUCUGAAAAGGUCAAGGAAGUUGAUAGAUUACGAACAGAGGUUGCUGAACUUUCCCAGCAGCUGGACAGGGAGUCUAAACAAUGCAAGCAGCUGGAAGCCAAAAAUCAGGAUCUGCAAGAAGAGCUGUCUACCCUGCGUGGGAAGUGCGAAAACCUGGAGAUGGACAAAUGCCAGCUGCAAGAGGAGCUGGCAAAACUCCGGCACCAUUUGGAGACUAACGUGGUGGAUCGCACCCAACUGGAACAAUGUAAAAGAGAUGCGGAAGAACAAGCAGACCAGGAAAUAAGACAAAAACUCCAAGAAGUCAAUGAGUUUUUGCAAGUAAGUGAAUUUCUCACCAGUGUCCAUAGGCGCUACGUAAACUUCUGUUGUGGCCGUCGUUUUUGGUAUUUUUCUUUUGCUCCCGUAUCCUGCGUGUUAGUGCUGUACUUCUGUCUCUCCUGAAGGCAGUG